UUAUCGUUAUAAAUAGGUAGCCAGGCUGGUUUGUGGUAAGCAAGCACAAGAGCGAAAAAUACCAAAAGACCAUCCAUUCAAAUUUUAAUUACAGAACGAAAAUGGCAGUGAUAUUGCCGAGGUUUAUCGUCUUCGGACCCAUCGACAAGCUUAAUUACUUGAGCUAUACCCGUGAUGGCAAAGACACUGAUGGGUAUCUCCGAUUCUUUGAAGAUCAGGCCGAGAACCCGUACGCGAAGUUUGAGGUGGAGCUUUCCGAUACAAAUGGUUUGGUGCACGUAAGAAGCUGUCAAAACAACAAAUAUUGGGUACGAACCAAAAAUCUUUCCCUCACAGGAAGCACAAGCAGCCAGUACUGGAUUACUGCCACCGCCGACAAGAAGGAGGAAGGUCAAUCCAAGGAGUCAUGCACGUUGUUCGAGUUUAUCACUGUAAACCCUGUUGAGGGUACGGUCCGAAUCAGGCACGUCCAAUCAGAAUGUUAUUUAUGCUUAUGGAGGUGGAGCAAUCCGACGUACACUCGUUCUGUGUUGGCAAACUACAAGACUUACGAUGGUCAAAGCUCUGAUAUCUUCACGGUUAUUAAUUGGAGUACGUUAUUGAUCCUGCCUAGGUACGUGGCCUUCAAAGGAAACAAUGACAAGUACUUGUGUCUUCGUUCUAUUGAAGGCCACCCGUAUUUGCAGUUUGCAUCUGGGGACAUCGGUGAUUCUACUGUGGCAUGCGAGAUUAUUCCUACAAAAGACGGAUACAUCCGCAUCAAGCAGGUUUCCAACAAAAAGUUCUGGAGGCGUAGUCCGAAUUGGAUCUGGGCAGACUCUGAUGACACCAGCAGCAACAACAAGGACACAUUGUUUCGCCCUCUCAAAGUUGACGAUGAGACCAUAAGUCUUAUGAACUUGGGCAACAAUCUUUUCUGCAAAAGACUCACAACCGAAGGCAAAACAGACUGCCUUAAUGCAGCAGUCCAAUCGGUUGCUGGCUUAUCCCGACUAACGGUGGAAGAGGCUGUCUUGAGUCGAGAAAUUUAUGGUAUCAACUAUAGUAUUGAAAACGCCAGGGCCUACGACGAAACAAUCCUCGUCGUAGCCAAGACUUCUGCUAGCAACUAUACCCAAGAGUCCAGCACUUUACAAGUGAAUCUCUCGUAUACAGAUACCAGUACUAGAACAUGGAAGACUAAUUUUUCUCUGACGUUAGGUAUGAAAUCCAGUAUGGCGGUCAAGUAUCCGUUCGUUGCAAAGGGAGAGAUCGAAAUAUCGACUGAACUUCAAUCAGGAGUUGAGUGGGAACAGACCACAACAUUCACCGCUGUUAAAGGAGCUGUACACACAAUUGAAGUGCCGCCGAUGACUAAGACAACGGUUAGUCUGGUGGCAACACAAGGCUGGUGCGAUGUUCCCUUCACAUUUAUGCAAAGGGACACUCUCUAUGAUGGGAGCACCGUCAUAAGUGAAGUUCAAGGUGGCACUUUCACCGGUGCUAAUUACUCCAGGACCGUCUUUGAAUCCAAAGAAGAGAAGCUGGAGUGAGUUAAAAUAAAAUCAUGUUUCAUUCAUGGGAGCAUGCAUUUACGUUUUCUUUUAGUUAAUUGCAAUUAAUAAAUG